AUGAAACAACAGGCUAGGCCUUCGGUCAGAUGGAACCUGGGCUCUUCCACAAUUUAUGCGACCGCCGCCCUGGCGACCGCCAAUUCUGCCGCCGCCAAGGGGUCUAAGUCUAACUUCCCGCGCGAUAGCCCCGGCGGCCGCCAAGAAAUCGGCGCCAGGGUCCGGCCGCAGAUCUGCUUCCUGCGGCCGCGGACCUCGCAGCCUCUGGUGAUCUUCAGCGUAAUGAAUUCCAGUGAAGCAACAGUGAAAAAUUUGUUACCCAAGAGCCAUUUAUCGCGGGUGAUUAUACGUGACAACCUCAGUGCACAACGAAUCUAUGAGAUGGAGGUAAAAGCAUCAGACAAGACCAAGAGAAAGAUGAGCCACUUGUAUGAUCACCUGAAAAAAAAGUUCAUGACAGACCAGCUCAGAAAGCUGGGGCGCUGGAGACGGGAAUCCAUGAAUAUCCGGCAGUACUUGGAUAGCAUCCGUGUGCACCAGGUUCAGCAGAAACCCCAAUCUCCUACAAAACACCAGCCACCCUAG